AGCCCCUGCCAGGGCUGGGAGAGGCCCGGAAAUCCCAGCUGGCCCGGAGGGAGCGGGGCUGCGGUGCUGGGCGAGAUGCGGGGCAAGGACGAUGAGUACGAUUAUCUCUUCAAAGUCGUGCUCAUCGGGGACUCGGGGGUGGGCAAGAGCAACCUGCUGUCGCGCUUCACCCGCAACGAGUUCAACCUGGAGAGCAAGAGCACCAUCGGCGUGGAGUUUGCCACGAGGAGCAUCCAGGUGGACAACAAGACGGUGAAGGCUCAGAUCUGGGACACGGCCGGGCAGGAGCGCUACCGCGCCAUCACCUCCGCGUACUACCGAGGGGCAGUGGGAGCUCUGCUGGUCUAUGACAUCGCCAAGUACCUGACGUACGAGAACGCGGAGCGCUGGCUGAAGGAGCUGCAGGACCACGCUGAUGCCAACAUUGUCAUCAUGCUGGUGGGCAACAAGAGCGACCUGCGGCACCUGCGGGCUGUGCCCACCGACGAGGCCAGGAGCUUCGCAGAGAAGAACGGGCUGUCCUUCCUCGAGACGUCUGCUCUGGAUUCCACCAACGUGGAGACGGCUUUCCACAACAUCCUCUCGGAGAUCUACCGCAUCGUGUCGCAGAGGCAGAUGGCGGGACAGCCCGAGUCCGAGUUCGGCCCCUCCACCUCCAUUGAGCCCAUCCAGGUGCUGCCCACGCAGCAGGAGGGCAGGCAGGCGCCCUGCUGCCAGAACAUCUGAGCCCCUGGGCUGCCCCCAGCGUGACCCCCCCCGGCACAUGGUGGCGUCGUGUCCCGUGAGCAGGGCAGCGAGCCCUGGCUGCCGUUGUGUGCACCCUCACCCUGCCUGUGUUUAUGUAGGACCAACGAAAACGGGGGGGGAGGCAAAGCAUCGGGGUGUCUCCCCUCUCCUCCCCAAGGUUGGGGGCAUGCCACCCCCUGUGUCCCCGCUCCCUCUAGCCCUGCAGGCACAGUCACUGGGUGGCUGGGUGGCACUGCACAAGCCCCAACACGGUGAGUCCCUGUUGGGUGAUGCAGCCCUGGGGGGUGGGUGGGGACACUGGGACAUCCUUCUGCUGCCGGCUGGAGCCAGCAGUGAUGUGGCCUGUCCCCCUGUCCCUGCAGCACCGAGAGCUGGGGGUGCCUCUGGGUGCUGCUGGGGCCACCCGGGGAGGGGUGUGGGGGGUGACACUGUUUUUGUGUUGUGACCCCAGCAAAGGGAAAAGCCGUGACCCUUCCAUGGAAAGAGACGGGAGCACGGGCUGGGGGGCCUUUGGGAAGCCCCGAGGAGGGGACAGGGGGACACCAGGGAUGGGGUGAGGCAGGGAUGAGGUGCCGAGGGUAGGCACGUGGUCCCUCUACACAGCUCCCUGGGUGGGAGGCAGGGUCAGCGCUGGGGACCCCCUCAAGGUCCCCCCGGAGCCCUUCCCUGCUCCCGUGUUUGGCUGGUGGCUGCAGGGCCCAGCCUGGGGACAGGCCACCGCUGGAUGGAGUGCCUGCUGCAGCAGCGGGGUGACAGUGGCCUUGUCCCCUGCCUGGGGGAGCGGCCACUCCCCAGGGUGGGCAUCACCCAGGACGCUGGGACAGACUGAGCCAGGCCCCUGCUGCUGUCGGGGUGACUGGCAGGGGGCAAUCGAGGGGGUGCAGGUGGGAAUGCCUGCCCGAUUUACCCCAGACUGGGAGCGUGGCCCCUGUCUCGUGGGGUUUUGGGGGGAUCUUUCUCUCCACAGCUGCCCCCAGUCUCUGCAUCUCACUUGGCUGUGCCAGCAGGACCCAGGCCACGGCUCCCCCUUGGGGCGUGAUUUGUCGAUGAAACAGAAAUUGAGGCAGAAUCCCCAAAUAAAGCUGCUGUGGAAGCCUU